CCUCAAGGCUCUUGUAGUGAUUGAGGUCGACGAUCUCAUUGUUUCUUGCGAACCCUCAUACGAGUGUGAGCUCAAGAAGUUGCUGACCAGCCGUUUCCAUUUCGGUAAAUGGCAGGUCGGUGAGGCCGAAUACGCAGGGAGAAGGAUCCGCCAGCAGCCUGAUUGGCGCAUUCUCGUCGACCAGGAAAAGUAUAUCCUGGAGCAGGUCCGUCCCAUGAGACUCGACAAGGAGCGUGUUAAAUGUCCCGAGGAGAUGCUCGAUGCAGGAGAGCUCCGAGACUAUCGCGGCCUAGUGGCGAAGAUUCUCUGGGCGGCCCGCCAGUCUCGUCCCGACGUGUCCGGAUCCGCCUCGAUGCUGAGCGCCGAAUGCCCACAGGCCAAGAUAGCCUCGGCUCUCAUGGCUAACAAGGUAGCUCGCCACCUCCGGUGCACGGCCAGCUCCUGUCUGACGAUUUGGUCCUUGGACCUGAGUGCCGUGACCAUGGCUUCCGAGGGCGUCGCCGUAGUCGAUGCGAAGUCCCUCUUCGAUACGCUGUCCAAGAACUGCGGGGGUGCCAAGGCAGACCGCCGCAACGCCAUCGAGAUGGCGAUCGUCCGGGACUCGAUGACAGCCGAGGGGACAGUGGUGAGGUGGGUUCCACACUGCAAGAUGCCUGCUGACGCUCUGACCAAGGUCGACCCAGGACGAGGGAAUUUUGCUCUGACUGAUCUCAUGCAGAAGGGGAUGCUGGCGCUAACGGACGAGUCUGGAUCGCUCGACGAGCGGUCUCUCAACCUGUCGCUGAAAUCCCGGACUCGGAAUGCAUCACGACAGGUUCUACAGAGAGAGUCCCAGCCCACUGAGGACGCCGAGGAGGUCGCCCUCGCGUCCGCCUGGCCUGCCGG